AUGGCCAGCAACAGAAAUGGGGAGGUAUUCGAGCUGCCGGGGGAUUUAGUUAUGCCCCCUACCACGGCCAGCAACAACCAUCCGGGGGUCUUCGAGUUGCCGGGUGAUCCAGUCAUGAUUCCCCCAACGCCAAUCGCUGCCGACCGCAAAAGCGGCAUUAAUAUAACAAGUGACGGGCGCAUUGAUAUUGACUACAACACGCCACUGGUACGACGAUUCUCCAAACUGUACACUUCUCAUUAUUCACCACGACCUACGACGCCACCGCCCGAGUAUUCCGAGAUAGCACUGCAAGCCGCUAAUGACAAUGGCCUAAGUCUGGAAUCUCCGCCGGCAUACACAGAAAAGACCUGGAAGAUCAAAUUGAAUAUUGUGAUCCAGGUGGUAGGUAGUCGAGGGGAUGUGCAGCCAUUCAUUGCCCUCGGAAAUGAACUGCAGCGAUAUGGACAUCGUGUGAGGCUGGCUACUCAUAAUGUAUUCGAAGCUUUCGUGCGGGAUUCAGGACUCGAAUUUUACCCUAUUGGAGGCGAUCCAGAAGAACUAAUGGCAUAUAUGGUCAAAAAUCCCGGUCUUAUUCCCAAUAUGAGGAACCUGCAGGCAGGCGAAAUUGGGCGCAAACGAGCCAUGAUCCGGGAGAUGUUGGACGGGUGCUGGAAAUCGUGCAUCGAGCCUGAUAUGGCGACCCAGCUACCAUUUGUAGCUGAUGCAAUCAUUGCCAAUCCUCCCAGUUUUGCCCAUAUCCACUGCGCCCAGGCACUAAGUAUUCCUGUACACUUGAUGUUUACUAUGCCCUGGACCAACACGAAGGCCUUUCCUCACCCCCUGGCGAAUUUAACUGGUGGUGGCGAUGAAGACCAAGGUUUCAGAAAUUUUGUUUCUUACAGUGUGGUUAACUGGCUGACUUGGCAAGGGAUGGGCGAUGUGAUCAACCAUUGGCGAAAAGAGCUUGGUUUAGACGAAGUGGCUAUGUUUGAAGGGCCUCGUCUUGCAGAAAUGUUGAAGAUACCAUUUACAUACUGUUGGUCUCCGGCUCUCGUUCCCAAGCCGUCAGAUUGGCCUUCUUAUAUCGACGUCUGUGGUUUCUUCUUCCGCGAAUCCCCGAGAUAUGAUCCCCCAGCUGACUUACUGGCCUUUAUUGCUGCUGGUCCACCACCAGUUUAUGUUGGAUUUGGUAGUAUUGUCUUGGAGGAUGCAGAAAGCACUACUACUAUUAUUCUCAAUGCUAUACGUGCAGCAGGUGUACGGGCGAUUAUUUCCAAAGGUUGGUCCAACUUAGGCGGAAUACACGAUGACAGUAAUAUUUAUUUCAUCGGGGAUUGCCCUCAUGAAUGGCUGUUUGACCGCGUCGCAGCUGUCGUGCAUCAUGGAGGCGCGGGCACGACCGCUUGCGGGUUACGAAAAUCUAAGCCCACAAUCAUUGUGCCCUUUUUUGGAGAUCAGCCCUUCUGGGGAAAUAUGGUUGCUGCAGCGGGCGCUGGUCCUACUCCUAUUCCAUAUAAAGAGCUUACAGUUGAUAAGCUGGCCAACGGAAUUCAAUACUGCCUUAGCGAACAAGCGCGCAUGUCAGCAGUUGCUAUAGCUGCUAAAAUGCAGUCAGAAGCAGGUGUAAAGGCUGCGGUUGCCUCAUUUCACCGGAAUCUCCCACUUGAGUGUCUGCAGUGUGAUCUAGAUCCGAAUCUACCUGCGGUGUGGUCUUUCUCCCAAAAUCGUAGGAAACUCAAGCUGUCAAAGAUUGCCGCAGAGGUACUAAUUGCCCAUGGAUUGAUUGAUGCAAAACACCUGACAAUGCAUUCCAUCCGCCCAAUCUUCAUUGAAAAUCGCCGAUGGGAUCCCGUCACGGGCGGAGCGUCUGCAGUGGUUGGAACAGCCACUGAUGUCGCCGACUCUGUUUUGGGAGCCUUCUACAAGCCUGUCCUGGAGUAUCGCGAUUACCGGAAGGAGCGUGAAGAUCAAUCCUCAAGCAUAAGAUCUACCAGCUCCGUCGAAAAUCUUUCAGACAAUUUAUCUGGCCAUAGUAUCUCGACAAAUUACAAGGAGGAGCCAUGGGAUAGUGAUGUUGCUGGUAGAAGCAAUUCUACAGUGUCUACGGAUUUGCACGCGCAGAAGCGGUCGGAUACUGGCAAACGAAAGCUUCUUGGUAGAAUGGCAGCUGCAUCUGGUAGAAGUCUGGGCAGCAUUGCUCCUACCAUGAUCAAGGGCACAACUGUUGACUUUCCCCUUGCUUUGACUGAAGGACUGCGCAAUGUCCCUCGGCUAUACGGUGAAACUCCCCGAGAUCACGGUCCAGUUACUGAUAUCAAAAGCGGAUUUGCUGUUGCUGGAAAAGGAUUUGCGUGGGGAAUGGCGGAGGCGGUUAGCGAUAUAGUUGUCAAGCCAUACCAGGGUUUUCAAAAAGAGGGAGCGAAAGGUACGAUCAAGGGAGUCGGCAAAGGAGUAACAAAUAUGGCAGCUAAAGCCGGCUCUGCUAUGUUUGGCCUCAUGGCAUACCCUGCUACUGGUAUCGUGCAGAGUAUCCGGUUGUCAGGUCAAUCGCAGAUAAGAAAUCUAAUCGCCCAACAGCGCCACAGUGAGGGAAUAUGGUUACUGGAGAGUCGUCAGUAUACGGCGACGGACAAUAUCGUGGCCACUUUUGGACAGAAAUUCAAGAGCAAGAAAGGCCGAACGUAA